CCGGUAACUUCCUGUCAUCAUGGCGGGCGAAGUAGAACCAAACGUGAAACAAGAAUCUGUUUCGUCUAAAAUAAGCUUGACUAGAUUACGAGAACGAGUUAGAAGUUAUAUUGACAAGCACCAUUAUGAUUCUGCACUCUUCUGGGCUGAUAAGUUGGUGUCUCUGUCUAAAGGUUGUGUUGAGGAUGUGUACUGGUACGCGCAAACCUUGUACCACACAGGGCAGUAUCACCGGGCCGUACACUUGAUUAGGAGUCGCAAAGCGGACAUGUCACAUGCUGAAUGCCGCUACCUUGCAGCCAAGUGUUUGUAUGAGUGUAAGGAGUGGGAGGAAGCGCUGAACGUCUUGGAUCGUGUCGACUAUCUCGCCACGCCCGCGUCCUCGCUCCUCGCCAACUUGAACCUUGACGGGUCAUCCGUGGUCUCCAACUUCGACAUGCUUCAGAACAUCGGAGAUACCGGAACAGAAACCAGCAUCACAAACCAAAAUGUUGAGUACUCCAUGGCUCUUCUUCGAGGCAAGAUCUACGAGGCGAUGGACAACCGCAAUCUGGCCAUGGUUUGUUUCCGUGAAGCUCUGAAACACGAUGUGUACUGUUUUGAGGCCCUCGAUCUGUUAGUUAGUCAUCACAUGAUGACAUCACAGGAAGAGAGAAAUCUGAUCGACUCGUUACCAUUUAAAGAACAGUGUUCAGAAGAGGAAAUAGAACUCGUCAAAUUUCUUUAUGAAAAUAAAUUGAAAAAGUAUAACAAGCCGAGUACGCUGGCUGUGCCGAGUUCGCUAGGAGUCCUGGAGGACAACAUCGACAUAGUCGUGAACCUGGCUGAACGCCACUACUACAACUGUGGGUUCAGGGAGUGCUACAAGAUUACAGCAUUAGUUUUAACAAAAGACCCCUAUAACAACCAGUGUUUGCCUCUUCACAUUGCUGUCUUGUAUGAACUCAAAAAUGCUAAUGCUCUGUUCUUCCUUGCUCACAAGCUGGUGGAAUCGUAUCCAUCAAAACCAGUAUCUUGGUUUGCUGUUGGCUGUUACUAUUUAUUGACGGGUAAAAUUGAUCCUGCCAGAAGAUAUUUAAGCAAGGCCACGACACUCGACCGGGCGUAUGGUCCGGCCUGGCUGGCGUUUGGACAUUCCUUCGCGGCUGAGAACGAACACGACCAGGCCAUGGCAGCCUACUUCACAGCAUCACAGAUCAUGCAGGGGUGUCAUCUACCAGUGUUGUACAUCGGUCUGGAGUAUGGACUGACCAACAACUUCAAGUUAGCGGAGAGGUUUUUCAGCCAGGCCCUCGGAGUAGCUCCAGAGGAUCCGUUUGUACUGCAUGAGAUGGGAGUGAUUGCUUUCCAGAACCAAGACUGGUGUGAGGCGGAGAGGUACUUCCUGCAGGCCAUGGACAAGGUCCAGGUGGUCAGUAUGGACAUGCUGGCUGACAAGUGGGAACCCCUGCUCAACAACCUCGGACACACGUAUAGGAAACUGAGAAAAUACGAUCAAGCGUUGGAAUAUCACAAACAAGCUGAGAAGUUGUCACCUCAGAACCCGUCGACAUACUCCGCCAUUGGAUACAUCUACGCUUUACAGGGAGACAACUUCCAGGCAGUCGACUACUUUCACAAAGCCCUUGGAAUCCGAAGAGACGAUGCUUUCUCUACGACGAUGCUCGGCAAUGUGAUGGAGGCUCUGAUGACAGAGAUGUUACCCUGUGAUGGGGGCGAGGAUGAUGAGCCCCACUUCCAGUGUCAGGACAAACUACAGAGCAUCACCGCCAAAUUGACCGUAGAUCGUUGUGUGGACGGCAGUCCGCUGGAGGUACAGCCACAAGAGUCAAGUGAUGGAACGCGGGAUAAGAGUAAUUCAUGUCUGGCGGACACGGACGCCGAUGUCAGCAGUAUCGGUGACGGAAGCAGUAUGGCUAUAGAGGAGAUUGAAAUGGAUGGCAGUGACUGAGCCAAUCAGAUGCAUUGAUACAUAAUUAUUCUGAAGACUGAGCCAAUCAGAUGCAUUGAUAUGUAAUUGUUGUGGAGUCUGAGCCAAUCAGAUGCAUUGAUACAUAAUUAUUGUGCAAUCUGAGCCAAUCAGAUGUAUUGAUAAAUAAUUAUUCAGCAGUCUGAGUCAAUCGGAUGCAUUGAUACAUAAUUAUUGUGCAGACAGAGCCAAUCGGAUGCACUGAUACAUUAUUAUUGUGCAGUUUUAGCCAAUCAGAUGUAUUGAUACAUAAUAUUUCUGCAGACUGAGCCAAUCAGAUGCAUCAGAAGAAUUAUUCUUCAAAGUAAAACCACUCAAAUGCAUUGAUAUAUAAUAUCCUCCAGACUGAUUCAGUCAGAUGCAUUGAUACAUAGUUAAUCUUCAUUACUUCAUUCUGUCUUGCAUCAACAUGUAACUAUUCCUCAAGUAGAGGCAUUUGAAAACAGAUUUGUAGCAGAAGUAUAACAAAAUGUAACAGAAAUUGGUGUGUGAUGAAACCAAUGAGAUGUUCUAACAGAACGGAACAGAACAGAUCUUUAUUUCGCUCAAGGCCACCAACCCAUAGCAUCAGAGGAUUGUAUACAUAUAACAAAUAAAUAUAUAUACAUACA